AUGGUGGUCGACAUCCUGAGUAUCGGAGGUGAGCCGAUUUUCGACGAGCGCAUCGUCAAGAUUGAAACUCACACAUACAAUCCCUACGCCAAUGCAACGUUCGGAUACAGCGAUGAAGUACGAAUACCCAUACAACAGCAGGAUCUGUACACUUUACCGUGUGAAAGCGCUCUGUACGUGGAGGGAAAAUUGUCUGAUGAGGCAUCGACGUCGACGAAUCAGACGUCGAAACUUGCGAGCAACUUCGUCGCCUUCAUGUUCGAGGAGAUACGUUACGAGCUCAAUGGCGUAGAGAUCGAUAGAAAUCGUAACGUUGGAAUAACUAGCACGAUUAAGAAUUACAUUUCGUUGACCUCCAACGAGCUCGAUAUAUUGCAGAACGUUGGAUGGGGUGAGCCAAACGUUUCCGAUAGCGGUUCUUUCAGCCUGUGCGUCCCCAUAAGAAUAUUAUUAGGCUUUUGCGAGGAUUACAAACGCGUGGUGGUGAACGCUCGACACGAACUUAUUUUGAUACGCGCGCACAACGAUAACAAUUGCAUCGUAGCGACAGCGAGUGCUAAGAAUCCUAAAAUCGUUCUUUCGAGGGUGCAAUGGCGAAUGCCGCACAUUGUGUUGAACGACGUUAACAAAUUGUCGCUUUUGCGAACAUUGGAGGGCGGACGAUUUUUAAGCGUUGGAUUUCACUCGUGGGAUCUGUACGAAUUUCCUUUACUGCAGAGCACGACCAAGCACUCGUGGACUGUAAAAACCACGGCGCAACCAAAGAAACCGCGAUACGUUAUCUUGGCGCUACAGACUGGACGAGAAACGUGUUGA